AUGGGGGAGGAGACGCACCAGAGCGUGCAGGAGCUGGCGGCGUCGCUGGGCGCGCUACCGCCGGAGUUCGUGCGGUCUGAGCACGACCGCGGGGUCGCCGCGCCGGACGCGCCGGUGAUCGACAUGUCGGAGCCCGGGUUCGGCGCGCGCAUGGCCGUAGCCGCCAGGGAGUGGGAGCUGUUCCAGGUGGUGAACCACGGCGAACCCUCCGCGGCGGUGGCGGAGCUCCAGCGCGUUGGGCGGGCCUUCUUCGCGCUGCCGCGGGAGGAGAAGGAGCGCUACGCCAUGGACCCGGCGUCGGGCAAGAUCGAGGGCUACGGCACCAAGCUGCAGAGGGACCUCGAGGGCAAGAAGACGUGGAACGACUUCUUCUUCUUCCACGUCGUCGCGCCGCCGGAGAAGGUGGACCACGCCGUCUGGCCCGAGAGCCUCGCCGUCGCCGGGUACAGGGAGGCGAACGAGGAGUAUUGCAGCCACAUGCAGCGCCUGACGCGCGAGCUGUUCGAGCACCUCUCGCUGGGGCUCGGCCUCCACGAGGGCGCCAUGGCGGCGGCGUUCGGCGGCGACGGCCUGUCGGAGCUCACGCUCGGCGUCGCGCCGCACACCGACAUGAGCACGCUCACCGUCCUCGUGCCCAACGACGUGCAGGGCCUCCAAGUCUUCAAGGAUGGUCAGUGGUACGACGCCAAGUACGUGCCGGACGCGCUCAUCGUCCACAUUGGCGACCAGAUAGAGGCAAGCGUGCAACGACUCAGCAUUUUUUUUUCUCUUCUGAUGAUCUUGCUCGCCCACGUCUUUGGUGUGCGGACACUCUUACUAACUGAUUUUCAGCAAGGCGGUGCUGCACCGUACGACGGUGAACAAGGAGAAGAUGCGGAUGUCAUGGCCGGUGUUCGUGGAGCUGCCGGGGGAGCUCGUCCUCGGACCGCACCCGAAUUGAAGCUGGUCACGGACGAGAGACCGGCCAAGAAGUACCAGGACUACCAGCACUGCAAGAUGAACAAGCUUCCCAUGUAA